AUGGUUUUUCAAGCGGAUAAUUACAUUUGGGGACUCGGCACACAAGAUAUACUCGACAUCUUCACUGAGACUCAGUCCGCCAGACACGAACGAGCCGAGAUGAUUGUUCGCGAGGCUCACAAGAGGCAGGCCAUCGACGCCUACGAGGACCCUAUCACGUCCACCAUUAUCCAAACAUUAAUUAUGCCCCAGCUAGGAAAUGAGUAUGUCUUCAAUCGCCUGGGAAAGGGAUUUACGGGCGCAUCGAAACUCGAGUAUCUUCCUGUGCCCCACAGGGCGCGAGCUGUGCCUUUCGCCGAUGAGCUGCCGGCCAAACCCGUUCCCGAGUCAGUAUCGAGUGCUGUGCGAUGGGGCUUCGUCGGAGGCAUGGGGCUCGUCCUUGUCAUCACAAAAAAGGCAUGGCGACUGCCCUUUUCUCGCCUUGGCGGCUGGGGAGAAUCGGGAUCCAUCGUCAUCCCAUGGCUGGGCGGCACGCCAGCGUCCCAGUUCUUGAAGGCGCUCGUGUCGAUUUUCUCCUAUCCUCUCCUGGAUAAAGAUCCCUCGGUGAAGUGGCACCUCAUCAACUUCCUCCCCCAGCUCAUAUCGCCGAUUUUGAUCUACACGAUCGAAGGAUACCGUCUGGGAAACCAGGGCUCUUUGCUCGCUCUGCCGAGCCUGUUCACCGCAGGUAUGCAGGUCCAGGGCAUUGGACGCAUAGGCCCCCUGUACGCCAUAUUGAGCGCGGUCUUCGGAACGGAGAGCAUCCCCGGUCGAACGGUCCCCAAGGAAGUGGCCAUGUCACUUGUGCCCGCUGUGACCUUGGGCUUUGCACUGCCCACGAUCAUGUCUCUCUGGCCAACAGCCAACGUCCGCGCGUGGCAGCACUGGGUCGCACUAUGGCAGUUUGCACCGCCGCUGGUCAACGUGCUCACAGCCCUGUUCUCCACCGGGCUGCGAAGAUUGCGGCAGAGACGUAGUCCUCCAGAUGAACACGAAAAGGAAUUCGAGCGCUACAAGAAGCGCGACGUGCCUGUGCUGCAGAGGGCGUAUAUGUAUGCAUUUGCCGUCCAGUCCACGGUCCAUAUCGCGACGAUGGCAUACGCGUGGUCCCAUCCCGACAUCUCCAUUGCAAAAACAUUUUUCGGUCUACCGAAUCCCUUCAAGGCUGAGUGGAAUCUGCCAAGCCUUUCGCAGCAGCUGGCUACAUUCUUCCGGUACGAUGCUGUUACGGCCUUGGCUGCUUAUGUGGGUGGCAAUCUGUAUUCGGUCUGGGAGCUCCGGCGGCUUGGAUACAUCAAGACCCGCAGUGCGCUGAAGGCUGCCCUUGCGGUCAUGGCGGGCCAGGUCCUCGUGGGCCCGGGAGCCACGUGGGCUGCGUUGUGGUCCUGGCGGGAGGGUGUUAUUGCUGACCUUUCUCAGUGA